AUGAGGCCAGGACUGCUGCCCUUGGUGCUGAUGCUGGUGUUGGUCACAGGGUCCUGGCCACUAGAGCAGCUCCCCAAGGAUUCCUACAACAUCAAUUGGAGCAAGUUCUCAGGGUUCUGGUACAUUCUCGCCACCGCCACUGAUGCCAAGGGCUUCCUGCCGAGCCAAGGCAAGGGGAAGUUGUGGGCAUCGCUGGUAGACAUCCACAGCAAGGGCCAGCUCAAGGUGGUCAUUGCUGUCAAUGGACAACAAGGCUGCCAGGCCCACACAGUCAUGCUGAGGAAGGACAGCAAAAGGCCGGUGUUCAGAAACCCCUUGAGAGGCGUCAAGGGCUUCCACGUGCUGGCCACCAACUACCACUAUGGUGUGGUCUGUGUGUGGCUGGGCCGGGCAGGCCGGGAAGUCAAGAACCUGCUGCUCUUCAGCCGGCAGACUACGUCGAGUUUCCUGAGCCUCAGAGAAUUUGUGGACACAGCUGAGAUUCUAGACCUGGUUAGGACUGUGACCAUUCUUCCGAAAGACGUCUCCUGUGCAAACACCAUCCUGCCGUGA